AUGGUUCCCAUUGUGGUCGCCAUCUCAAGCGUCGUCACUGCUACAACUGUUUCGUGCCCUAGCAACCUGACUCUGUCUUGUCAUAACACGACUGCGGUGGCCAACACAUGCUGCUUUAUUCCUGCUGGACAAAUUCUCCAGACUCAAUUCUGGGACUCUAGCCCUUCUGCUGGGCCAUCUGAUUCCUGGACAAUCCAUGGUCUGUGGCCCGAUUAUUGCGACGGAACCUACCCCCAGUUCUGUGACUCUAGCCGAGAAUACACCGACAUCAGGGGACUUGUGACCAAGUUCGCUUCUGCAGCUACCUUGUCCUACAUUGAUACGUAUUGGGUCAGCAAUAGUGGCACUGAUGAGUCACUCUGGGAGCACGAGUUUAGCAAGCACGGCACCUGCAUUAGCACGCUUAACCCUAGUUGCUAUGUUGGCUAUCAAACUGGCCAGGAAGCGGCGGAUUACGUGACCAAGCUUGUAUCGCUGUUCAAGACGCUACCGACUUACGAUUGGCUCGAGGAAGCAGGCAUCACACCCUCCACCUCCAAGACGUAUACAUUGAGCGCGAUCCAGGAUGCUUUGGAGACACAACACGGUGCUGGGGUCACUCUCGGCUGUUCCGGAAAGGUCCUGAAUGAGGUGUGGUACCACUUUAAUGUUCGGGGCUCUCUCCAGCAGGGUACCUUUGUUGCUGCGAACCCUGAUGGGAGCAAGAGCACAUGUCCUAGCACGGGCAUCAAGUAUACUCCUAAGAGCUAA